CCCCGCUAUGCUUAUCUAAAAAUAUUAACGGGUUUUCUUGACCUGUAUAAAUACAAUUGCGGAUUCGAAGCAUCAGUUUUGGGUUACCAGCACGACUCCUCCCAUUUCUCUCGAUCUGAACAAGUCUCUUUCUAUCUUGUUAUUGCCUUCUCCCUGUCUUUCAUGGAUCCUUACAAGAACCGUCCAUCCAGUGCCUUCAAUUCACCUUUCUUUACCACCAACUCUGGUGCUCCGGUGUGGAACAACAACUCCUCAUUAACAGUCGGAACUAGAGGACCAGUUCUACUUGAGGAUUACCACUUGGUGGAGAAACUUGCUAAUUUUGACCGCGAACGGAUUCCAGAACGUGUUGUACAUGCCAGGGGAGCGAGUGCCAAAGGGUUUUUCGAGGUAACUCAUGAUGUUUCUCACCUGACAUGUGCAGAUUUUCUUCGGGCCCCAGGGGUUCAGACACCUGUUAUUGUUCGAUUCUCUACUGUUAUCCAUGAGCGUGGAAGCCCUGAAACCCUAAGGGAUCCCAGAGGCUUUGCAGUGAAGUUUUAUACUAGGGAG